AUUUACUAGAUUUAUGACACGUACCAUGAAUCUCACUCCGAUCAUGAGCUCAUAUCAUGAUACUUUCCCAUUAUUUACUAUCGCUCAGAUCUUGAUCUCAUAUCAUGAUACUUUCCCAUUAUUUACUAGAUAUAUGACACGUACCAUUAAUCUCACUCAAUACUAUGAUAUAUUACUCAUCCCCUAUAAAUGCAUGUCUUUAAAGGCUUAUUUUAAUCAAAAGAUAAAAGACACUAUAUGUCUUUCAAAGCUUCCAUUGACAUUUGUCUCAUCUGUUAAUUAGGCCUUAAAUCAUUCUCUCCAAAAAAUAAAAAAUAAAACCCAAAAUUUCAAGAAACUAUCAAGGUAUUUUUCUUUUCUUCUUUUAGCAAAAUGUCUCUUCCUUCACACACCGACAAGAAUAUUCCUAUGCAACAAAACCAUGUUGUUCCAACAGACUUUAGCUUAAUCAAAAGUGUUCCUGAAUCGCAUACAUGGGCAGAAUGUUAUGAAGAUUCAGAAAUCAGCCCUAAUGCCAAUGAGAAGUCGCGGUCUUCAAUCUCUAUUCCAAUAAUUGAUCUUAAAGAUCCUAAUUCUUUAGGCCUUAUUUAUGACGCGUGUGAGACUUGGGGUAUGUUCCAAGUCAUAAACCAUGGGAUUGCAAAGGAAUUGCUUGAUCAAGCGGAGUUUCAAUCCAAAAAUUUAUUCAAUCUUCCAUUUGAGCAAAAGAUGAAGGUUUUACGAGCCCCAAGUGAAGAUACCGGCUAUAGCUAUCCUAGACUCGCUCCAUUCUUUAGCAAGCUACUAUGGACUGAAGGGUUCAUUAUCAUGGGUAACUCCUAUCAACAUCAUGCUAAGAAACUUUGGCCUAAUGAUUUUCAAGUUUUUUGUGAAGUGAUAUCUGAGUACAAGACAACGAUGAAGGACCUCUGUGACAAACUCAAGAGUGUCUUUUUCAAAUCAAUUAACAUGCCCGAACCCAUAGAAGCCAUUGAAAAAGAAGAACGUUAUUAUGCAUUGCAUCUAAACUCAUAUCCACCAUGCCCUAACCCGACCCAAACAAUGGGCAUACCCCCGCACACCGAUACUCUCUUCUUUACAAUACUACACCAAAGUGGAAAUGUAAGUGGCCUUCAAGUACACAAAGAUGGACACGGGUGGGUCUCGGUUGACCCGCAUCCAGGUGCCUUGGUGGUGAUUGUGGGAGAUCUUUUACACAUACUUUCAAAUGCAAGAUUCCCUAAUGCACUUCAUAGGGCAGUUGUCAACAACGAACAAAAACAAAGACUAUCCUUUGCAUACUUUUAUGGUCUUCCUUUAGACUUUCAACUCUCUCCUUAUUUGGACUAUCCAAAUUGUGAAGGUCCCUGUUUUAAGUCUUUGAAGGUGAAGGAAUAUGCAAGCCUUAAGGUUAAGUACUUUAAUUCGGCACUCUCCUUUAUUAAGAAAAGUGGCUAA